CAGAAGGAGCACAAAUUGAAGUAGGAUCACAGUGGGAAGAAAAAGAGGAAGAAAAAGAAUGCUUGGGAAAGAAGCAAAAGGCAAAUAUUUGUUAAGCACCCUAGGGACAAUGACUGCAGGAAGCCACCUGUAGGGGAUUUACCCUCAGGGCAGCUGCCCGGCCUCCCCGCCGGGCUUAACCCUGCAGACACCUGGCUCAGAAAGCCGAUCUCCGCGCCCUGGGGGGCUGGCUUCCACGCGCGAUCGCGCUAACGUGGCACUGGUGGCAUCGGCUGCCUAGCUUGGGUACCUCUUCCCGGGGUUGCGGCGGUAGAAAGAGAGCCUGCUCUCCGCCUCUAGAUCUUUUAGGGAGCUACUGGAGCAAAGUGAACUCUUCCGGCUGUGGGGCAGCAAGGGUUAUUAAAAGAGGACGAGGGUGGCUUUCGCUCCUGGGGACUUUUGGGACACACCUUCCUCUUCCUGUGGGCCGAGGCAGAUGAGUGACUGAGAACCUGUCCCAGCCAGCGCCCUGCACCCGUCCGGCGCCUUCUCCGAGCACCUGGCGAGCUCCGCUGUGACGCGCGCCGCCUCCUCCCCCUGAAGGCGGGGCUCCCGGGGAGGCGAGGAAGUCCGUGGCCCGGUGAUGCCCCCGCCCCACGCGGCAGGCUGCUCCACGCUCCGGGGCAGCGACGACGGCGACGCCAGGGCCACGGCUGGUCCCGCGAGGGUGAAAGGCGAGCACCCGCCGACUCUGCGGUCCCGGGACGCGGCCUGGACAGGAGUCACUGCAUUUAUUUUUCCAUAGAGGUACUCACUUUUGAGGAGUGAAUUCUUGGUUCUUCAUGCGGCCAUGGAUCUGGAUAAACCAUCUGUCUGGGGGUCAUUAAAACAGCGGACCAGGCCAUUGUUAAUCAACUUGAGCAAGAAGAAGGUGAAAAAGAACGCAAACAAACCCCUAGACUUAAGGGCAGGGCAUCACCUGGACCGGGGCCUCAGUCUGUCGGUUCCUGACCUCCUGGAGGCUGAAGCCCUGGUUCCAGAAGGCCACCCUUACUCGGGACCCCAUUCCUCCUAUACCUCAGUGCCCAGCAGCCUGUCCACAGCAGGGAUUGUCCCCAAGAGUAGCAGCAGCUCCUUGAAACAAUCUGAAGAAGAACUGGAUUGGAGCCAGGAAGAAACAAGAAAUCUGCAUGCAGUGGAGACAGAUUCAGAAGAGAUCUAUGCCUCUCCCACUGAGGAGAGCUGGGUCUCCAGCCAAGGCCUCCUGGAUCUCCACAGACCUCCCCUGGGAGGCGAUGCCCCAGAAGAGCCAGAGAAACUACCGGGCAAUGGUGACUUGAACGCUUCCAUGACAUCCCAACAUUUUGAAGAACAAUCUGCUCUUGGGGAAGCUGGUGAUGGCUUGAGUAACCUUCCCAGCCCUUUUGCGUACCUUCUCACCAUCCACCUGAAGGAAGGCCGCAACCUGGUGGUCCGAGAUCGCUGUGGCACAAGUGACCCCUAUGUGAAAUUUAAACUGAAUGGAAAGACGCUGUACAAAAGUAAAGUCAUAUAUAAGAACCUGAACCCAGUUUGGGAUGAAAUAGUUGUGUUGCCAAUACGAAGUCUUGAUCAAAAGCUACGUGUGAAGGUAUAUGAUCGAGAUUUAACCACAUCUGAUUUCAUGGGUUCUGCAUUUGUCAUUCUCAGUGAUCUUGAGCUUAACAGAACGACUGAACAUAUUUUAAAACUGGAAGAUCCAAACAGUUUAGAAGAUGACAUGGGAGUGAUUGUGUUAAAUCUGAACUUAAUAGUAAAACAAGGUGAUUUCAAGAGACAUCGUUGGUCAAAUCGGAAGCGGUUGAGUGCUAGCAAGUCCUCUUUGAUACGCAAUCUACGGCUCUCAGAGUCCUUGAAAAAGAACCAGCUCUGGAAUGGGAUUAUAAGUAUAAUUUUGUUGGAAGGGAAGAACAUCUCAGGAGGAAAUAUGACCGAGAUGUUUGUUCAAUUAAAACUGGGAGAUCAGAGGUACAAAAGUAAGACACUGUGUAAGAGUGCAAAUCCGCAGUGGCAGGAACAGUUUGACUUUCACUACUUCUCUGACAGGAUGGGCAUUUUAGACAUCGAAGUGUGGGGAAAGGACGGCAAAAAACACGAGGAGCGCCUGGGCACGUGUAAAGUGGAUAUUGCUGCUCUCCCUUUGAAGCAAGCCAACUGCCUGGAGCUGCCCCUGGAGAGCUGCCUGGGGGCCCUCCUCUUGUUGAUCACACUCAGGCCCUGUGUGGGUGUCUCCGUCUCGGAUCUCUGCGUCUGCCCCUUAGCGGAUCCAAUGGAAAGAAAGCAGAUUUCCGAGCGAUAUUGCUUACGGAACUCCUUGAAAGAUAUGAAGGAUGUUGGCAUUUUACAAGUAAAGGUUUUAAAGGCAGUAGAUCUCUUAGCAGCGGAUUUCUCAGGGAAGAGUGAUCCUUUUUGCUUGCUGGAGUUAGGCAAUGACCGACUUCAGACACACACCAUUUACAAAAACCUCAACCCUGAGUGGAACAAAGUUUUUACAUUUCCCAUUAAAGACAUCCAUGACAUUUUGGAAGUGACAGUGUUUGAUGAAGAUGGAGAUAAACCCCCUGAUUUUCUUGGAAAAGUCGCCAUUCCCUUGCUGUCUAUUAGAGAUGGAGAACUAAAUUGUUACGUGUUGAAGAACAAAGAUUUAGAACAAGCCUUUAAAGGAGUCAUCUACUUAGAGAUGGAUCUCAUAUAUAAUCCGGUCAAGGCCAGUAUUAGGACCUUUACUCCCAGAGAAAAACGCUUUGUUGAAGAUAGCCGCAAGCUGUCCAAAAAGAUCUUAUCAAGAGACAUAGACCGUGUGAGAAGACUCAGUGUGGCUAUAUGGAAUACAAUACAGUUCCUUAAAAGCUGCUUCCAGUGGGAGUCCACACUAAGAAGUACGAUAGCAUUCGUGGUAUUUUUGGUCACUGUCUGGAAUUUUGAACUGUACAUGAUCCCCCUGGCGUUGUUGCUGCUGUUUUUCUACAAUUUCAUCAGACCUAUGAAAGGGAAGGCCAGCAUCACCCAGGAUAGCCAGGAGAGCACAGACAUGGAGGAGGAGGAGGACGACGAGGAUGAUAAGGAAUCUGAGAAAAGGGGGCUCAUUGAGAGAAUCUAUAUGGUACAGGAUAUUGUGUCAACUGUUCAAAACAUCUUGGAAGAAAUAGCUUCUUUUGGCGAAAGAAUUAAAAACACCUUUAACUGGACAGUCCCUUUUCUUUCUGUGCUGGCCUGUUUGGUGCUGGCCAUGGCUACCAUCAUUUUGUACGUGAUUCCGCUGCGGUACAUCAUUUUAAUCUGGGGCAUAAAUAAAUUUACUAAGAAGCUCCGAAAUCCCUAUUCCAUCGACAAUAAUGAGCUACUAGACUUCCUCUCCAGGGUACCAUCGGAUGUUCAAAAGGUGCAGUACUCAGAACUGAAACUCUGCAGCAGCCACAGCCCCCUUCGGAAGAAGCGCACCACUCUGGGUCCACACUGACUUUCAACGCCAGCUCCCUGUACUGUGUGGUUGACUAGACCAAUGUCAUAGCAGUGGCACCCAUGGUGCCCUGAAAUGCUGUGUGGAGCCCAUUCUGUAUUCUCCCCCACUUCUUCUUGUGCACAGAUGCACAAACAACUGCACAAACAUCCCCACACAGGUUUCCUCAUCGCAUUGACUGUCAGCCCAGCACAAAGAACCAGACCUGAGACUGUGAAAGACUCCCAUCCAUUCGCAAAUAGGAAAUGAACCAAGACUUCCAUGGGAUGUGGAUGACUAUCUUCCCUGAGAACCACCAGGAGGACACACGGAUUCAAGAGUGACUUUCAACUUGUUUUCAAACCUCCUACAGAUUCUAAUUAAGAUGCAGUCAUUUCCGUUCUCCACCUCCAUGCACACUCCUUUCAGAUUAUUGUCCUAGUAACUUUCUUCCAAAUUAACAAGUCUUUGGUAGCUAUGGUCUGUCCAGAGAACGUAUAUUCUAGAAAGACUCUUUAAUGAUUAGAAGAGUUAACCCAAAUCUUUAGAAGUUUUUCAGCUGCGGUCACAAAGGAAAUGUGAAUUUUUAGUGAUGUUUUGGUGCUGGGUGCAACCUAUAUCAUGGUCCAUUGCUGGCGAUGGAUAUCCCAAGGGAUCCCUCUUUGAAAGAAUGGUAGCUUCACAAAAAAAAUUAGUUGCUUUAAAAUACUGUUUCUGCUGACUUCAUUCUUUAUUUCCAAAAUGUCAGGACAUAUAUUCAGAGAACAGGUUGGGAGAAGAAUGGAUUCAUUCUGCAUAGUUAAAAGUAGAAGAAACUAAUAAGUGGGGCUACUUGCCUAACUAUCAUAAUCAUUUCAUUUGCCCAAAUAUUUUGAGCAGAAAAUUAAAAUAUAAAUUUGGAUAACCAAAGUACUUUAUUAUCUCCAGGCCCCAAAUUAUCUAUAUACAAUAAAAAACUAUUUUAGGACCAAAUUCUUAGAGAAAUACCACACACCUGUACACCCAAUUCCACAAUACUCUCCCAUCAUGUAAAAAUUUUGAUUUGUGCCUAUAUAAAAUAUAUGCAAAUAUCCUUCUGUUCAAAUAUUUAAGCAUUACAGACUGAAUUUCAUUGACACAUACUUUGUAUGUGCAGUUUUAUAUAUGUAUAUGUAUUAUAAAAAAUUAAGGUAAAAAUGAUCUAAUAGUUACUAUGUUUUUUUUUGUCUCUGGGUUGUAAUUUAAUUAUCUUCAAACAAAAUGUUUCUGAAAAAUGCCAAAGAUUCUAAACCUUA